CCAGCCAUACGGCGUUUUCCCCAGACGUCAUUUUUUAGUCCUGCAUUCAAUUCUUCCAUCUUUAUUUCCCGUACUAACACCUGAACAGAAGACGCUUCGCAAAUAGACGCCUCGCAAAUAGACGCCUCGCAGUUGCAGCCACCAGCAGCGCACCAUGGCAAGCAGCGUAGACGCGAAGCUCUUACGAGCGACAAAGUUCCCUCCCGAAUUCAAUCAGAAGGUUGACAUGCAAAAGGUCAAUCUCCAGGUCAUGAAGAAAUGGAUCGCCAGCAAGAUAUCCGAGAUAUUAGGAUCCGAAGAUGAUGUCGUCACUGAGCUGUGCUUUAACUUAAUCGAAGGUUCCCGAUAUCCUGAUAUUAAAUCCAUGCAAAUCCAGCUUACCGGAUUCCUCGAUAAAGAUACCGCACCCUUCUGUAAAGAUCUUUGGAACCUCUGCUUGAGCGCCCAGUCCAGCCCCCAGGGCGUCCCCAAGGAGCUUCUGGAAGCAAAGAAGCUAGAACUCAUUCAGGAGAAGAUCGAUGCAGACAAGGCUGCUGAAGAAUCACGAAUUCGACGGGAGACCCAGGAGCGUCGCGACCGUGAGUUAUCAGAUGUACGAGAUCGAGAGCGACGCGACCGUGGUUUUCGUGGUGGGCGGGGCGAUAAUUGGCGUGGUGGAAGACGUGGUGGUGGUGAUCGAGCCUUUGGCGGUGGUCGCGGUAGAGGCUUUGGCCGAGGCGGUGACCGAUCCCCCUCACCACCGCGACGAGAGCGGGACUCAUAUCAUAACAAUCGUGAUCGUUAUGUACCCCCAAGCCGCCGUGGAAGCAGGCAAGAGGUUCGACGUGGACGCUCCGUAUCCCGUUCCGCGAGUCCCGAGUCCAGAGGCUCUGUGUCUCGUUCCCGAUCAUCUAGCACGACUAGCGGACGUAGCCGGCGAGUUAGUCACCGAUCACCUACCCCACCUCGUCACCGUUCUAGGGGGCGUCGAUCGCCACCUCGCCAUAGAGCUUCAGGAAAGCGAGAUCGGUCUACAGGGCGAACGAGAGGUUAUAGACCCCGUAGAGACGGUCGCAGAAGAAACACAUCUUCGCCGGCAAGCGCCAGUAGAUCCGGUGGUAGUCGAUCUCGCUCGCCAGCACCUAAGAGGCGUAGAUACUCGGACUCGCUUAGUCGCUCGAGGUCUCCCCCACGCCGCGACAGUCGACGGCUAAGUCGUUCUCGCUCAUCCUCCUACUCGCGAUCACGCAGUCGCAGCCCGAGACGAAGACCGGUCCGGGAACUUAUCAGCCGUAGUCCCUCACCUAGCCACCGUGGGAGGCUAAGGCGAACCCUAACGCGAAGUCCAAGCAAAUCAGGGUCUGAUGAUGAGACUAGGCGACCACGGCGGAGAAGCCCACGAAGAAACGGACAGGAUAGCAAAGCUAGAGACAUCCCUUCGAGAAGGCGGAAAGACUCUGCCGAUUCCCCUCGCACCCGUAACAGAUCAGCUGAUGUUUCGGAAGAUGAAGACAAACCCAGAUCCCCUAGACACCGCGCGGCCUCGACAGCCGAUGAGACCAAGUCCCCAGUACAGCAGGCCAAUGAGCUACGAGAAAAGCUUCUGAAGGAGCGCAUAAAGAAGAUGAGAAGCACCUCAAGUAGAGAUAACGUCAAGGGGUCAGGCUAAUCUUCUCAGACUCGCAGGAUUUGCAGACUCGGUCAUCUUAAGAGACUUGAUAACCCGUGGAUGUUGGGUUCAGCUGUUUUUUAUUUUCGUAAUUGGCUUUCGAGGUUAGUCACAAAAAUGCUUUGCGUUUGAGCUCAUGAAGUACGGCUAUCAUGUAGCAGAUAGAUGAUCAGACAAUAGACUUGCUACCAAACCCCGAUUUAGAUUCCGUGCAUACCAUUAUCUCCGCUAUUAAGAGGGCAGCAUUAUAUCCUAGUCUGGUUCGUUGAUUUGGCGGUGGUAUAUUUAAACAUUGCUAAUGUAAUAGUUGCAGACUUUGUUAUCAUAUUGGCUUCCAGGUAAGUUGGAUGGAAUAAAUACCCAACACAAGUUGACAUAUAAGUUGCUACAUAAACUCGGUAAGUUAUCUCUACUGUCGUAUGGGAUAGCGUAGGGGAAAAUAUAAGUCUCUAAGCCAAGGGAAGUAUAUUAAGAGCAGAAAUCUCGAAAGCAAUCACCUUUUCCCUGCUUCGUACGUAUACCAACAUGACCACAUCAAGAAAUACUUUACGAAUAAAUAACUACACGAGACAUCUUGUUACUACAUAUCAAAUGUAUUUAACCCGUAUGUUAUUAGUUAUUAGAUUAUAAAAAACAAUAUGUUACAGAAUC